GCGCAGUAAUAGUCGUAAAAUUAAAUCGAACUUGCGAAGUAAUAUAAAACACAUUAAAUAGUCAGUUUGUUGUAAACAAACCGCAGCCAGGCGUAUAUCAUCAGCUAGUGUUCUUCAAGCGUUCACUCCAUCACUGUGUACGCCACGCCUAACUAAUACCGACCAAUCAAAGAGCUCGUUACGAUCGGACACGCCUCCUGCUUGCGCCUGCGCCGGUAAACUAACCCUAAAGUUGUCAGUGUUGGUUGAACCUUGGUUGAAUGUGGACGGAUUUGUGAUGAUGCGAUGACGUCUAUCAGUAGUGAUGUGACCACGAGUAAACUUAAGUUCAGUGUGGACAGUAUCUUAGGUAACAAUGAGUCGAUAAGUUCUAGUGGCAGUGGGCCUGUAGCGGAAUGUGCGCGUGCGCAGGAGCCGCCGUGCGCGGGUUGCGUGGCCGCGCUGUACCGCUGCUGCAGGGACGAGCCGCCGCUGCUGCAGCUGCCUCUCUCCGUGCCCUACGCACACUUACAUCCAGCCUUAAGGCCAACUACAGUAUACAGACUACCCCUUCCGCGGGCGUCAUCCCCACAACAGACAUCUUCCCCGCGCUGCGAUGUCUCCUCGAGCGGCAAGAGGAAGCGGUCCUGGUCGCGCGCUGUCUUCAGCAACCUGCAGAGGAAGGGCCUCGAGCGACGUUUCCAGAUACAGAAGUAUAUCACGAAGCCGGACAGGCGCCAGCUAGCGGCCACUUUAGGACUCACUGAUGCUCAGGUGAAAGUAUGGUUUCAAAAUCGUCGUAUGAAAUGGCGGCACACGAAAGAGGGUCGCGCCGGUCUGGGGGGCAGUUUAGGUGCCAUCAAGGACUCUGACGCUCCCCUUGUCGCCGAGGAUAAUGAAGACAUUGAUGUCGACACUCUUAGCGAUUAGCAAUAAGAUUUUUAUAUAAUAUAAUACGUUUGGUGCAAUGUAACUUAAACCCUUUUUCCACACGAGACUUUUUGUAUUACCAGCAGCAGAAAAGAAUUUUAUGGCAAUUAUCCGGCAAGUAUUUUAUGUCAGUUUUAGCACAUUUACAGAGGUUCGCCUACGAGUUUAUCAGGUUACUAGUAAGCAAAAAAAUUUCCCAACUCAUUCCGAAAUUCUUCCAUGUGAAAAUUUUAAUCUGAGUGCCUGUAGAAAUAUCACGAUAUUUUUGCUGGCAUUUCAAGACUAUAAAAAUGACAACAUUAUUCGAUGCAGCUGUUGUUCCCUCGUUUGUGAAAAUUUGACGCUGUCAAAGUGACAUUGUUAAUUCACAUAUUUUUCGACUGCCAUAAGAUCCUUGUCGAACUAUACCUAAAAAUAGCACUAGUAGAAAAGGGGUCUAUGUUACGUUAAAUUAUUUAAUAGUAAAUUGUUAUCUUAAUUAUUUAAAAGUGACGUAAUUUUAAUUGUAGAAUUAUUGAAUAAAUGUACAGUAACUAGGGCUUCCAAAACAUUCGACAUAUGUAGAGACAAAACUAAUAUAUUUUUCGUU